GCUGCCCGAAGUCCCCGCCAGCCCUGCCUUGAGCCAGACAGCCGGAGUUACGCUCGUGGCCGGAGGAGUCCCCCAGCUGGACCACUCCCUGGGAAGAUGAGAAGGCGCUUCGGGGCGGCGGGAGCGUUCGCGUCGGAUCUGCUGUGAGAGAGCGCUUCUGCCCGGGAAGGCCGUGGACUGUCCAGGCGAACCAGCGCGUACUUAUCCUCGGAAAGCGAUGUCAGGACCCGAAGCCCAUCACGGCCACAGCCGGAGGCUGCCCUCUGAUAUUGAAAAUGGGCAGCGGGGUCUGGACACAGAGCAGAUGCAGCAACAGCAGCUCAAACUUUGGGAAAGACAGAGAUUCUUUGAGGAAGUUUUCCAGCAUGAUGUUGAUUUCUUCUUCCCAGUAUCACACCUGCAGAUAGAACACAGGAGACCUCCCCUAGGCAGCAUUUCUUCCAUGGAGGUCAAUGUGGACAUGCUGGAACAGAUGGACAUGUUGGAUCUCUCUGACCAAGACACUGUUGAUGUAUUUCUUAGCUGUGGGACAGAGGACAACAACAAUGUAGCUACCCUACUGCCAGAUUCUAACCACUUCCAGGAAGACAUUUCUCUGCAAGUGCCCAAUACAGCUGAGGUCAAAUCACGAAUUUCGUCCACAUCAUCUGCCUCUACAGACCUGAAUAGCCUGGACACCAGUGAAGAAGGAGCAGAGACUCCUGUGGUGCAGUCAGAUGAGGAAGAAUUGGAGCAAGAUGGGUCUGAAGAACAGGAGAUCAAGAGCUAGCGGGGCUUUGCAUCCAUCAUGCCAUAUGGACCCUGCCAGCAUGAGAUUAUGAACAUGGCUGGAUGGCUCUGACUCCCACUGUGUAAAACCCACAGAAACUCCCCGCCCAAUUGUUGUACUUGGGGAAAAUUCAAAAAAACUCCCCCCCCCCCCCUGCAGAAUGGUCAAUGCAUGGAUAAGGCAACAGCAGAGGGAGAACAGGGUGAGGCAUGGGCGCUACUGAAUUGAAAUAGAAUUUAACUCUCCAUCUUUUUACACAUACAACAAUGCUUCUGCUUCACUCACACUGAGGACUCAGUUUGCUGUGGCUUUAAAGAUUUAAAGCAAGACCUUUGUGCAAACUGACAGGCUCCCUAAUCCUAACACAUCACACACACACGCACACACACACAUGAAUGCAGCAUGCCUUUAAUUGUAACAUAACAGAAAAUUACAUUCCUUUCAAUCAAGCAGCUGGGAUGACGUGUGUUACUAGGAAAGGAACAAUGAGGCUACCUAGGAAAGAUGAAGAAGAGAUAGCUGAAAGAUGGUGGGACUAAAACAAUUUGAUAGGUUCUAGAAGUGAAUCAGAGAUUUUUAUUAACUUUCUUUCAUCUGAUUUUGCAUGUUUAUAUUGCAAAUGAAUGACACGUACCACAAAGCACAGGAAGAGCUCUGGAGGACAGAAAUGGGUCUUAAGGAAAAGCUACACAAUCAGGACAGUGCUCCUUAGAAAAACUUCCUCAGACCCAUCAAACGUAAAUACCUCAGUAGCAAAGUAUACUUUAAUUGCUCUCCCAUAAGUUUUAAAGUGGCCCAAUUAUUCCUGUGAUGAAAAUGUUUUCUGCAUUUCCUCCAAUCCUCCUUCUUCUGUUUGAUGGGAGAGAAAUGGCUUUCAAAUUUUUUCCCAAGGGAGAAGAACAUUUUGUAGACUUCUCAUGGCUGAGGUGCUGUGUCUUUAUAUUUACUUUGUGAGAUGCCUGAGAUGUGUUUGUGUGUGCUCUGACUUUCAUUGCACAGCCAUGUCUCCCCCUCUCUGGCUUCCCAUGCUUCAAUCAUAUUGCUCAAAGUCAAAUCGGGCAAAGACUGUAGAGGAAAACUCCUUCCAUAGAGCUUUUUCAGAUUAAGAAGAAGGGGCAGCCAGAGAUGCUGUGGAAUAAUGGAGAUACAGAUAAUAGCAGAGAAAAAGUACCACUAACUGCCGCUUUGUAAAAUUAAGUACACUAAAAAUGUCUCAAAAGAAAUAAAUUCCUUAGCAUGAGGCAGAAAUUAUAAGGCAGAAAAACAGAAGCCUCUUUUCCAGGAGAAGGAAACUGGGGGGAAAUUAGAGGACAGAUUUUAGCACUUAAAGUUUGCUUUCCUUUUGAUAUAUUACAGGGAACUCGUGUCCCUUCAUUUUUUAUAUAUAUAAAUUUAUUAGAAAUUCUCACAUAAGUAGAAGAUAAACAUG